AUGCUAAAGCUUUUUUCCCGGCGGCGACAUGACCUCCACAACCAAAACAGACCACCAAUCCUCUUUAUAUUCUAUCAUCUAACAAAAUUUCAUUUUGAAGACGACCCACAUUUUUUCCCAAUCCUCAAAACUAUAAACCCCCAAAAUCAAAACAACAAGAAGCUAAAAGGAAAUGCAUCGAACAAUAAACCCCGGAACGAAUUUUCUAUAAAACCAAUUUUACCCUUUGAUUUAAGGUACUCGUAUUCCGAGACCAACCCUUCCGUCGAACCCAUUGGGUAUCGAGAAACCCCAAAAUUCUCUCAUUUUGGACCGGGUCGACUUGAACGGGCAUGGACUGGCAUGGUGGCUCCGUUGCAGCAGACUAUCAACAUCGCCAAGGUAGAAGAAGAGAGAAAUGUUGUUCUUGGGAGUCCAUUAUCGGAUGAAGAAGUAUCUGAACUGGUUGAACGAUAUCGACACAGUGAUUGCUCUCGCCAAAUCAAUUUGGUUAUAAAUCACAUCUUUACUACUAAAUUGAUGUAA